GGGCUGGCCGUGGUGGCGGCAGCGGCAGCUUUGCCUUUGGCGGCCGGUGACGAAGGCACGUCUGGCGCAAAAGAUAAGGAGCGUUUUGCUCUGUCUACUGGUGCAGCACCUGAAUAUGUGUUUGCUCGUCUUGGUUCUGGAGGAGAGCCAGAGGAGGAGCCAGAGGAGGCUGCAGAGAGGCUCGAGGUCGCGCUCACAUUCGCAACCGGCUUGGAGGGCCGCCUCAAGAUCGUUGCGGGAGGGUGGGAUAUGGGAACGUGGCUAGAUUUUGCAAAACGCUAG